UACGAAGCCUUUCAUGUCAAGCAUGCAUUUACUUUAAAGGCUGCUCUGACAGCAUUGCGUCUCUGUCCAAGCGUGUUAACCAAGUGGAUUUACAAAGAUAGUGUUUUUUUAAUUUUUUUAUUGCAUUUUCAUGUUUAAAACAAAUCUUACAUAGCCUAUUAAAUUAUUUGGAUUCCAUAUCUGAAUAGAUAUAUUGCCAGUCAAUGUAUCUUUAUUAUGCGUGUUUUACCAGGGUACUCAACUAUUUGUGAAUUCCUCUGGGCAACUCACUUGUUACAAAUGGGCGGAUUCGAUACAAACGACUGCAACGUUUGUUAGAAAUGUCCAAUUUAGCGUUUGGAUAGAAACCUCACAGGAAGAGGUCUUGAAGACGGAUGUAACCCAAUGACCAAUGUCGCGAGUGGUAACGAACGGUUUGCCCAGUCAUUUGUGAUUUGACAAAUGUUUCUCCCAACAUUGUGACAGGCUUGUUGUAUUUUCUUUCCUUGAGACGUGCUCUGGAUUCCUCUUCUACCUUCAACGAUUUGGACCAGUAGCCUAAUUACCGGGCAGAAACCAAGACAUGGGGACUCAGGGCACAGGACGUAAAAGAAAUCCCAUUAAGGACAGGUCGACGGCCGAGGAUGAUACCCUUAAUCUCAUUGCAAGAGAGGCAGAGGCCAUGCUUGCUCUAAAGAGGGCGGCCAGGGCAGAGGCCAGAGAAAUCCGCAUGAAGGAGCUGGAGAGACAACAGGAGGAGAUCUCAGAUGAUGAUGAGCAGAUGUCGGUGGGCAGCCGAGGCAGUGUGAGGGUGGAGGACAGAGAUUUCCUGGAAAAGGGAUCUCAAUCUGCUUCCACUCUAACGGCAGCUACCCUCGCUUCACUCAGCGGGUCUUCCUCCCGGAGAGGAAGUGGCGAAUUGUCGAUGACUGGCGACACAGAGACCUCCAUACUAGAGAUCAAGGAUUCCCUUGUGGAGGUGGAGGAGAAGUACCGCAAGGCCAUGGUGUCCAACGCCCAGCUGGACAAUGAGAAGAACAACCUGAUGUACCAGGUAGAUAGGCUGAAGGACUCGCUCAUGGAGCUGGAAGAGCUGCUGUCCGAGUCACGCCGCGAGUACGAUGCAAAGACCAAGGAGAUCUGUCAGUUGCGUCUCAAGCAGGACAGCUUUGUUAGGGAAAUAUCUGACCUGCAGGAAACCGUAGAGUGGAAGGAUGAAAAGAUUGAGGCCUUAGAGCAACAAAAGGAGUAUUCGGACGCCGUCAAAAAUGAGCGAGAUGAGCUCAGGGAUGAGCUGGUCCAGCUGAAAGAUAUUCUGAAGAAACAUGGAAUUGUCCUCGGACCUGACCUGACCACCAAUAGGGAAAAGGUGGAGAUGGUAACUGAAAGGUCAGCUAGUAGAGAUCCAGCUUAUCAAUUGGCUCAGGACUCCAAGACGUCACCCACGGAAGGGGGGAACAUCAUGCUCGGCAGAGCUCAGGAUAUGGAAUUGGGAAGUAGAGGAGAUAAGAUGGUGGAUCCAGGAAGGUCCAGGCAGCAAGUGGAAACGCAUGAGGCGGUUCAAGAGAACCAUCUGACCUCGCCCACUCCCUGUAGCCUCGCUGGUGUUUCUGAAACCGAAACUUCUAUGGAGGCUCGUCCAUGCUCGCCCAAAUUGGGGGAUGAGGUUGAGAUUGAAUGCAGUAAUGUCAACAAAGACUCUGACAAUGGCAUACUGGUAGUAGAGGUCAAGCAUGGACCGGUUUGCGAUUCUGAGGUAAUUGUUCCUGAGGAAGAGCUUACAGAAGAGGGGCAGGGAUACAAACCAGCAUACAUGGAGGGGACAGUGCAAGGGAGAGUAGAGGCCACAAACAAAUGGGAAAUGGGAAUAAAAGAUUACAAGGCAUAUGAUAUGGAGGCCAAAGUCACCAAGAGUAGUGAUCACACAAAAGAGCCUACCUCAGAAUAUGGUGCAUUAGCUGAACAAGAUAAUAUAGCAUUGAGGAAAGAGGUUGUGAAAAGUAUAGACUCAUGUCCUCACCCUAGGGAAACCAUUGAGGACACCAUACAAAAUGGCACACAGAAUAGCCCAGGAACUGACCAUGAUACUAGUAAGAACGCAAUAAAAUCAGAAUGUAAGCCUCAACCUAAGCUUCAGAAAACAAAGGCAGAAGCGUUAUCAGAGACAACUGACACUCAGCCACAGGCCCAAGGAGGCAAGAAGAAGAAGAAGAAGAAAGGCAAGAAGGGAGAGAGUCAAGGUGAUGAAAAGCAGGAAGACUAUAAGAAGAGCACAACAGAAAAGGGUGUAGUCUCUAUGACAAAUAGCACACAGAUUCCCCAAAGGACAAACCUUGAUACUACUAAGAGCCCAGUUGAAUCAAAGGCUGAAGUGUUGCCAGAGGCCACUGAUAUGCAGCCACAGGCCCAAGGAGGCAAAAAGAGGAAGAAAGGCAAGAAGGGAGAGACACAAGGUGAUGAAAACCAGGGAGACGAUAACAAGAGGAGCAAAACAGAAAAGGAUGUGGACUCAGUCUCAACAGAUAAGGAGCCAGUAGUGGAGGAAGUUAUCACAAUAGAGACACCGGAGCUUCUAGAGGAAGGGACCGGUAGUUCACCAAAUCGAGAACUCCAAAGCCCUAAAGAAAAAGCACAAACCAUAGCUGAGGGAGGGAACAUGAAGGAAGAAGAAGAACAACAACUAGCAGAGGACCGAGUAGAGGUUAAGAGUGAGGAGCCUCCCAUUGAAACCCCAGAAGUAGCUCUGACGGACCAAGCCAAGAGUGAGGAAGUUGUCAAAAAGGACAACCAAAAACCUUCCAUGGAAUCAAAAAAAUCAGAAGGCGAGAUAUCCGUAUUAUGCCAUGAGUGCGACAUUGGUAUCGUGGAUCCUGUUAACCAGCAAUAUAUAACCAAUUGUGUAACCAGUGCUGAUAACCCUAAAGAGAAAUUAGAAUCCACAACAUAUACUGGUACCCAAAAAGACGAGACAGUGUACACAACCAACCCUGAUAACUUUGUAGACUGCCUGAACUCUUCAGCUGACCCGAAAUGUCCAUUGGACUUGAAAGAGUUCACUGCUGAGAAUUCAAACAAUGUCAAAAAAGAUGCAAUCAAGGUCUCAGUUGAUGAGACUCAAACAAUCCAAGACACAAAGGCUGAGGGAAUUAACUUUCACAGUGGCAUAUUUCUAAGAACGGCGCUCGAGAAGAGCAUGGUACCUGAAGACCUUAUCGCCAAUGAUGGUGUCAUUACUCACCCAGAGCAUGUUACCGAAAAUGCCAUAAAAUACCUGAACGUGGCAGGUCAGGAUGAACAAAAUGGGAGCCCAGAUGAGUGUAAAAAUGCACUUGAACAUAAAGACAUUUCCAUAGCAUUGCCAGCAAGUGUAGAUAAAUGCAAAAAUGUAUCGGGAGAGAACUGUGGCACAUCGCUCGACAGCAACUGCCCUGCUGCUGAGACCGUAAGACAGCCUCAACAAUUGAUGGAUCUACCUGGUUGUCCAGUCGCUGACGAGCACUUAGAUGACAACAACGAGCCAGUUACACUUGAUGAAGAAAAGGCAUCAAAUGGAGGGAUCUCCACAGAGACCGAGCUGAAUGAUACAGAAACACGACUACAGGACCCUGUAAAAGAAACUCUGGAGACAAUUGACUAUUUUAGGGAACAGGGAUACAUAGAAAGCAAACCAUGCACUAUGGUGGCCGACGCAGAAGAGCAAGACGAUCCCAUUGAGGCCAAGCUGGAGGGUGACAAGGUACCUGGACCCAGUGAGCAGGGGAAUGAUGAGGGGGACGAUGAUAUUGAUGAGGGUCAAUCGUUUGACUUUAACGACCUAGAUUCGGUGGUUUCUGCAAAUGUGUUUCCAGUAACAUCCCAAGAGGUCAGCCAGGAGGUAAGAAUGAUGGAAGGCAACAAAAUGGAGGUAGAGCCAGGUAGAGAGAAGGUAAUCAAGGAAGAGGAAGACUGGGACAAGUCAACAGGAAAACCGUAGGGCACAGUAGAGGGAGUUAGCACAAUAGUGGCAAAGCAGCCACUUGAACGGGGGUCAGAGUGCACCAGAAUAGCUCCGAAGCCCUGAAGAAAAAGCACAAACCAGAGUUUCAGGCCAGAAUGCCAAUGAAGAACAACAACUAAUCACUUAUUUGCGUAAUAUACGAACAGAAAGACAUUGCAGAGGGAGUGUGUGUGUCUGAACAACAAUGUGUAGGUGAGAGGCUGCAGAAUGCAACCGCGGUAGGGGCUUUGCCAGUAGAGGAGGAAAAUCCCAUAUGGGUCAAAGUAGGGUAGAAGAGAGCAUAGUCAAAGCAAUCUAGGUCAGGCUCGAAAAAGGGCAGUAAAGAAAGGAAGAGGCAAGGGGAAAGAGGAGGACUGACGAAUGACCUAGUUUUUUAGGUCUGCCCUCAACAGAAACUGCAAAUAUUUACGAGUUGUAAGAUGACCUGGCGUUAUACCCUGGGUCGUUCUGGACAGAAUGAGCUUAUGUUUAUUGUGAAGCAAAUUUGCCAGGGCACACGCACCUUAAUUCAGUCAUGAUUCCUUUCUACGUGCACCAAAGUUUCUCUGAAUUGCCUUGUGAAAGCCUAACACUGUGAAAUUGUAUUCCAAAUGAAACAACUACAAGUGUACUUACUCUAGUUCCUCAACGGCACAGCUAGGACAUUUACAUUACAUUUACAUUUAAGUCAUUUAGCAGACACUCUUAUCCAGAGCGACUUACAAAUUGGUGCAUUCAUAGGAGAACUCCAAAAAGUACCUUUUGUAGUUGAAAACUCGUCCUUGUGUCAUAAAAGUGCAUUGGAAAUUGCUUAGGAACCGUGCACACUUUGGCCACUUCAAAUGACAUUUUAUUAGUCACAUACACAUGGUUAACAGAUGUUAAUGCGAGUAACGAAAUGCUUGUGCUUCUAGUUCCGACCAUGCAGUAAAUAUCUAACAAUUUCGAAACUCCGAGACAAUGGAGACACCAGUUAGUCCUCUCACUCAAACCCUUGUCAUUUUUUUUAGUCUUAUGUUGCACCUACCCCACAUUCUCCAGGAAUAGUCUUAUGUUACUGAAUUUGUUAACGAAUGCGGCAAAAAGUACAGUAAAUGUAACAUGCACAUAAAAUCGGUGUAAUGUUAGGAUUCAGUAUUGUCAGGUGAACAGUUGUGUACUCACCUUUUGGUCUAAUAAUUGUCCCAUCUCAACUGUUCCUUUUCAAUUGCUACCAUGGUUAUGCAUAUGAUUUCUUCUGUAAGAAAUGUUUCAUUUAUCCCUAUCCAUAUAGGCCAAUUCCCACGAGUGUAAAGGGUUACACAAUUAUUAUUUUUUUUAGGUGAAAUGCUGUGCAGAAUCAUCUAUAAUUGUCUUGAGAUGUUCUAUAUUAUCUUGAAUAGAUGUUAAUGUGCAUGACAUCCUGUAGAUCAACAUGGGUAAAAUGACGUUGAGGAGACAAUAUUGCAGCGGAUUAUAUAUUUAUUUUGUUAUUUCUUUAAACUAUGCUUAUGUCCCUGUAUUGUCCUUUAUAUUGUACAAUGUGUUUUCCUAUGUGAAAUUAGUGUUUUCCAGGUGUUUUUUUUUUUUGCUUAAGUGCUUUGGGAAGUUGGCCAUAAAAUGGGAUGGGUAAUCUUACCAUGCAGACUUUUUUCCCAAAUAAGCAGUAACUCAACUGAAUCAACUAAGAAAGCUAGUUGUAGUAGUUGAUAAGUUGAAUCCAUCAGGUGUGUUACUGCUUGCCUGGAACACAUUGGCCCUGGCAGGGUACAUCUCCCAUACUCUCCUAUAAGCACCUAUAUAAUGUAAUAAUAUUGAUUUGAUUUUUUUUUUUCUUAUUUUCUCAUCUAUUCAAGGGACGGUGUUACAUCAAUGCAUGAUAAAGCAUCUAUAUAUUGUGUAAUUACCACGAGAAACAAAUGCUGUAGCAAUUAAUUGCACAUCAUUUAUUGUAAUACCUUUCAUCUUCACAAUGUCAAAAUGUUACCCAGAACUAAAACAUAUAUUUACUAGCUUUGGUGGUAUGGUUAGGAAAAAGCGUUUGAUGAAGAAAAGAAACAAACAGAUGCGAUUGUCUCAAGUCUCUCAUGCCAUUAAAUAAUUGGCUGAAAAAUCCUCCUUGAUACAAGUCAAGUCCAUGUAGGCUAUGUCAGGUGAAAUCCAAGCCCUGGGCUAUUACUGUAUGUGCAAACUGUAAAAAUGCAUUGUGUUUAGUAUACAGUGCGUUCGGAAAGUAUUCAGACCCAUUUAUUUUCCCCACAUUUUGUUAUGUUACAGCCUUAUUCUAAAAAUGUAUUGUUUUUUUCCCCUCAUACAAUACAAUACCCCAUAAUGACAAAGCAAAAA